AUGUCUGGUCAAACCUCGGAUCUUUUCCUGUCUCCCGACGAGCAGGACCUUCUCGUCGCUGCCUUGAAUUCCAAUCAGCCCGGCGCCAAAUCCGGUAGCAACCAGAAUCGGUCCCAAAGUCAGGACCUUAUCUACACACCACAAACCCACACCAAUCCAGGUUCUGGUCAACUCAAUCUCAGUGAUGAUAGUCCUUACCUCGAUUUCGACCCUGAUGGAGAUUUUGACGAUGGUUACGAUUUCGGCAACACUCGCAUGAUUGGUGACCUUCCUCCGGACAUGUCUGGCGAUCUUCAUGACAAGAGAAAGAGCAUUGACGGCGAGGACAAUGGAGAUGAAGGCGACAGAAAGCGCCGCGAGGGUGACGAUAGGACUGCAAAGAAACCGGGUCGUAAGCCGUUGACUUCUGAGCCUACCUCGAAACGCAAGGCUCAAAAUCGCGCUGCGCAACGUGCAUUCCGCGAGCGUAAAGAACAGCAUCUGAAAGAUCUGGAGACCAAGGUCGAGGACCUUGAAAAGGUUUCCGAGGCCACAAACCACGAGAAUGGUCUACUCAAGGCCCAAGUCGAGCGCCUCCAGGUGGAAUUGAAAGAAUAUAGGAAGCGCUUAUCCUGGAUCAGUAGCAACGGCAUGGGUCGUUCCAACAGCCUGAAAUCCGGAACUCAGAAGUCCUCGUUGAAUUCGACCAAUGACUUCCAGUUUGAAUUCCCCAAGUUUGGUGAUUUGCCUGCAAUGUCUGGCACCAACAUCUUCAACAAGACGAGCCAACAGCCUCAGCAGCCUCAGCAACCACAGCAAUCCCAGAACAAUCGAUCCGGAUCCGCACCAGGCCGCUCUAACAGCGCUCCUAAGGCCACCUCGAACAAUCGGUCCAGCUCUCAGGGCCAACAACAGAGACAAUCCUCUCUAAGUCAAUCUCCCAUGAGCAGCAUGUACACCAAUUCACCCCAGCCCAUGAACCCGCAGCAAUCCAAGGGAAGCGUUGACAGUCUCACCGGACUUUUUAGUCCUUCCAUUCUCGAAGCCACUCGCCAUGCUACUCGUGGUGGCUACUUUCCGCAAUCGAACAACUUCAACGCUAACCCUGGUCCUCGCGCAAGCAUGGAGAACGGCACAUCGAACAAUGCAGUCUACUCAAAUUCGACUACAUCCAACUCUGACUCGCCAGGGUCUUCUUCAGAGUCCCAUAAUGCCAUAUCUUCCAUUGGCACAUCUCCAGAGCCCAGCUUGAACUCGCCAGGCAAUAAGCUGCAAGAGUUCAAUCUCAAUACUAUAAGUGAGGAGAACCAAAUUCCAAACAACUUCGGUAAGGACGAACUCUGCAAAGAACUUUCAAGCACCUGCGGCUGCGCCGAAGAUCCAAUACCUCCAAUCCUAAACCAGAAUCUGUCUAACGAUCUUUCGUUAGGCUUCAAUACCGCCAACUUCAGUACCACUGACACCAACACAUUUACCAACGAUAAUGCGUUUGAUGUGAAUAACAGCUGGCUGCCAGCGGGUUCCGGUGCCGACUUUGAUCCUGUGUUGUUUGGUGACUAUCGAGAGGUCCAGGAUAACAUCCUGUCUCAGGAUUUUGGCAGCUUUUUCAAUGAUGCCUAUCCACUUCCUGAUUUGGGUAGCCCGCUCCACAACUACAGUGAUGUUGCUCCCGAGCAAACGUCAAACACUGCCCAAUCGAAGAUUGAUCUUCUCAAGCAAGUCGAGGCCGCAAAGAAUGGCACCGAUGAGGUGGUGCCCGACACCGACAAGCCCAUGACUUGCAACAAGAUAUGGGACCGCCUACAAUCGAUGGAGAAAUUCCGCAAUGGAGAGAUUGAUAUCGACAAUCUCUGCUCUGAGCUCCGUGCGAAAGCCAAAUGUUCUGAGGGCGGUGCUGUUGUCGACAAGAGGGAUGUCGAUAAGAUUUUGGGCAAAGGCCAUUGA